AUGAACAAACUUAUGCACAGCAUUGUCCUCUCAUCCAGAAAAUCAUCAUCAUAUGGUGUCUUUUUGAGAUCCUAUCAUCACAACACUGCAGGUGUUAGAAUGAAUCAAUAUUUACAAUCUAGAUUUAUGUUUCCGAAAGGAGAUGAUAUUUUCAGUUUUACAAGAAACUAUUUUACUUCUGUUGUGAAUCAAACAUACACUGAAGAAACUAAUAAAGAUGAUGACAUGGGUUAUUCAAAAAUAGAAAGUCAAUCAAGACUCAGAGAAAAAGUCUCAUUAUCGAAAAAGUUGAAACAACGAGCUUUGGAAAAUCAAUUUUCAUUAGAAGAAGCUAUCAACGUGUCAACAAAUUUAAUUUAUGGAAAGAAAAAUAUUGUUGUAAUGAUUGGUCCUGUUGCAUCAACACAAUCAAGAUUACCCAAAGAUGUUUUUGAGCAAGCUACUUCUCGAUAUUACCAACAACAUAAUUCCUUCGCAAGCCAUAUUUAUGGGGAUUUACAUAUUUUGUACAAUAUUGAUAACAAAGCAAUCAUCAACUCUCUACAGACGGAAGAUAAUAAUAUGAAUGAUUCUAAACAGGAUAUUACACCUCAAAGAUACAGUUCUGGACGCUCUAAGGAGGGAAUACAACUUCAAAAUAUCAAAGAGAAUACUAUUGACGAUCUUUAUAAUUCGAUUCAAUUCAUGUCAAACCCUACCCCAACACUGCAAUACCUACAAAAAUUGCAUAAUACUUUCAACAAAAAUUAUAGCAAAGGAACACCAGUUCAUGACUUUUUACUCCGCCUCAAGAAAGAGAAUAAGCUAUUAAGGGUGUACACAGAAAGCAUAGAUGGAAUUGAACAAAAUAUAUUAGGGGACAAUAUUGUAGUUAAUUGCUUAGGAAGCUUGAAUGGGUUUCAUUGCGAUGUGUGUGGAAAAGAGCUCGAUUUUACAUCAGCCCUUUCACAAUUCCCAAACAGGGGCUCUUCUGAUCGUAAUAUUCGAAAGGGUAAAUGUGAACUGAUGAGUAAGCAAGAGUGUGGGUUGAUUCCGAAUCUUGUAUUAGAAAAUGACACUUUCCCUAAAGAAGUUCGUGAACUUGGAGAGAAUGAUAUUUCUGAGUCUGACAUGAUUAUUGUUAUUGGUACUCCUUUAUCGAGACAACCCUUGUCAGGUUUGAUGAAGAUGGCGUCACAAAACAAAAACAUAACCACACUGUGGAUAUUACCAAGGGUGCUCCUUGAUUGUUAUCAAGACAACGACAUUCCCAAUCCCCUCCAAGAGUUUGCUAACGGUACAUCAUCUAGAAACAAUGUGAUUGUUUUACCUGACGAAGUCACUAUUGACUCAUUUGUUUCCAGUAUUCAAACCAAACUGCUGUCACGUCAGACGCACUGA